AUGGAGAACGAACCGAGCGAGAAAACCCCAAUGUUUAUGAGCAUUUUAUCACCAGAAGAUAAAACUGCAUACGAGGAGUUACAGAAUGUGUUAGCAGCACCAGACCAUCGAUAUAAUAGAAAUAAGCGAAUCGUUACUUUCCAAGAUAUGCUAGCGCAAAUCAAAGCAUUUUGCAUUAAAGGUGAUGUAAAUGACUGGAAACGCUAUCUUGUAUGUGGAAUUUGCUGGAUUGGUUCAGAUAUCGCUAUAAAUACACGCCAACUCCGUAUAUUACUUGGAAAAAGCAAAUCAACAAUCAACGGUGCGUUCUCCAAGAUGGGUUACGAAACAUUACCGUUUAAAAACAACGAUUCUGCCCUUCAAGAGAAAAUUCCAUUCUUGAAAGGCAACUUCUCUGAGAGUAGACAAUGGACUGUUAGACGUAACAUACAGUUAUCAUCACAAGAAACAGAAAAGGCAGACGCUGUGCAAUCUCCUGAACCAAAAACACCUGCGCCUGUUGCAGAAGAAAUUUCUUUCCCAGAUCAGGAAUACUCGCCCAUCGUUGAUGAUAUGACAACAGAAUUCAAUUAUGAUUUGAUUGAACCUAUUGUUCCGUUCAAUGCAAACGACUAUUACCUAGAUUAA